AGCUACCACGUGACGUCACCACAGGUCUGUUCACAACUCAUGAUGGCGGAGCGGAGCGGUCCCGGUUCUUUUCCCGGAUCCUGUGGGUCUGCAGCAGCAUCGACAGGGGCAGCUCACUCGGUGCUGGUGGUGGUAGGAGUGCUCCGGGGACCUGGGCUGUUAGAGAGACUUCUGCAACAAAUCGACACGGGUCUACGUUGUUGGUCUGUGGACCUGGAUGUCUCUGUUCUGGAUCAGCAGCUGAAACUGUUUGUGUCUCGUCACUCUGCCUUUCUGUCAGAAGAUGUCAGCGGUCAGAGGAUCCUGUGUCACCGAGGUGAAAUCUUGGACACACAGGUCCUGGUGAAUCCGGUUCAGACCUUUGCCUGCUCUGAGGUGCGGCGGCUGCUCUGCUCCUGGUCUCGUCACAAACUGCUGGUUCUGGCGGGUCAGUGCGUGGAAGAGAGCGGCGACGUCCUCUUCCAGAAAGGCUGCUUCUCGCUAAAUGACUUUGUUAGCGUGCUGACUGAUGAUGAGGUCACAGAGUCGUUAAGAUCAGCUGAUCGCUCAGAGAGGGUCAGUCUGACCAUCAGCUGUCCGCAUUACGGUCUUUGGAAAGACCCGUGUUUGGAGAAACAAAACUUUCAGGACAUUAUUGACCUGAGAAUCAACCCCCCCACCAUCCUCCCACAGAUGGAGGGUCUGCAGGAGUUCACGGAGUAUCUCUCAGAGUCGCUGGAGCCCCAGUCACCAUUCGAUCUUCUCGAGCCACCGAGCACCGUGGGAUUUUUGAAACUCUCACGACCCUGUUGCUACGUUUUCCCUGGUGGGAAAGGUGACUCCUCCUUCUUUGCUGUGAAUGGUUUUAAUGUUCUGGUAAACGGUGGCUCUGACCCACGCUCCUGCUUUUGGAAAUUGGUCCGACACCUGGACAGAAUCGACUCCGUGCUCCUGACCCACGUUGGCGUGGACAAUCUUCCUGGUAUAAACAGUCUACUUGUCAGGAAAGUAGCCGAGCAGGAAGAUGAUUCCGGCACUCAGACGGAAGAGGACUGGACCAGGAACCUUAUCUCCCCGGAAAUUGGCGUGGUUUUCUUCAAUGCUCCCGAAAGACUGAAAUCCACUCAGGGAGAUCCCAGUGAGUUAAGGAGCUGUGACCAAGCAGCACAAACUCUACAGUACUUAGAAAGACUGACAAUCACACCAGAGCCUCUGAGCCGGGUUUCUGGACCAAUCAUAGAACCAAUCAUCUUGUUUCAGAAGAUGGGCGUUGGCCGUCUGGAACUGUACACACUCAAUCCAGUAGGUGGCUGUAAAGACCUAGAAACUUUAAUGCAGAUUUGGCCAAACAACGGUUCCAAUGUAAAAGCCUCAAACAUUCCUUUGCCGUGCCUCGUCUCCAUCUGUGCUCUGCUGGUGUGGCAUCCGUCCAACCUUCAGGAGAAGAUCAUCCGCAUCCUUUUCCCAGGAUGCACGCCACAGGCCAAAAUUCUGGAGGCACUUGAAAAAGUGAGACAUUUAGAUUGUCUAAAACAGUCCUCGGUCUGUCGGAAAGACCUGGACAUGCCCAAAACUGAGAAACAUCCUAAACGAGCAGAGAGUCGGGAAAGUCUGAAGUCCAGUUCAAAGGAGUUCCGACCCAGUAUUGCUGUGCAGAAGGACAAGCUGAAGAAACAGGAGGUUAAAACAAGGCCAAAGGCUGGAGAAGCUGCUCUCAAAGAAAAGACGGAUGGGGAGGAGAAGCUGAAGUUAAAGGACGGAGAAGUUAAACUGAAGCUGUUGAAACCCACAGAAAAAACAGUUCCAAAGAGAGAAGUGUCCAAGGAAGUGAAAAAGAAGGAGGAGAAAUCACUGAGUGCUGCUGUGAAGAAGGAAGAGAGUGUAGAGAAGAAGAAGGAAGUGGCCAAGAAGGAAAGUGUCGGUGUGAAACCAAAGAAAGACGUUAAGGCUGAACCAAAGAAGGAGAGAAGAACGGAGGAGAAGAAAACCACCAAACCAACAGCUAAAGAAUUAAAGAAAACAACCACAAACUCAGGUCCAGAACUGAAGAAGUCUUUAGGAAAGAUGGGGGCUCUGAAGAAAGAUGGGACCCUUCCAAAAAGAGACCCUUUAAACAAAGGUAUUAAAGGCAAGAUGGAUUCAAAGGAGCAAGACAACCGCCUGAAGGUGGCAGCACCUGAGGACACAGUGGUGGAAUUAGAGAGGAUUCAGUUGGAAAGUGACACCAUUGAACUCAGAGGUCAAAAUGUCACAUUGGACCUGGGAGCCAAUGGGAUCCACACUCCCUCAGGCAAUAGUCCUGAAACAUUUCGUUGUGAUGAGACGCUCCAGAUCACCACCACCGUCUUUUCACCCCUCAACAAAACCCCAAAAACUGAGCUCAGUGUGAACUUUGACCUCACUCCGACUGCCUUCCAACCCCCCGUAGGAUCCUCGGAAAACAAUGUCUGUGGGUGCUCUGAAGAAAAAACCCUGGAGCUGGUCUCUCCUGCAGAUUCAGCCCCGAACAGUGCAGGACACACUCCUUUCCAACAGUCGCCUGAAGAAGACACUCGGGGUCUUUGCGAGGACAGCAGCCUUGGAGGUAGAUGGUCUAGUCUGGGUUUCGAGGACUACAACCAGGGAGGUUCUUGUCGGACGUCAGACCUUAGUUCUCUGAGGGAGGGCCUGGAAAACUCCACUUCCUCUCAAGAUAAUAAACAUCCCAGCCUUUUCAGAGACCUGAUUCUUGACUCCUCCACCACGGUCACCUCCAUGCCUGCCGAGGUCACUUCCCCUCAUUCCACAGAAGUGGAUGUAUCUCUCUCGGUAUCUUCUGACCAGGUGCUUCCUCUCUCUGGGCAGUCACCAAAAGGGUCCAUGGGAGAAGCACUCUUCUCCAAUGGACACGCUGCUCAUUUCCAGCCACCUGUGGUGUCCUCAGAGACCGGGUGUCAUGGCAACAGCAGAGAAGAACCCAUUUGUGGAAUACCAGAGCUUCUUUCAGUUGUUCCUCAUGAUGUUGAUCUGUGUCUGGUUUCACCUUGUGAGUUCCAGCACCCAACAACUCCAGAGAGCCAUCAGACACAGGUGUUACUUGACUGCGCAAAAAACAACAACAACAACAACAACUCUGGUCAGGAACAGGGUGGGGCCCAGGACCCUUCCCCAUACUGCCAGGAAACCCCACCGACGUCAGUCAGCGACUCUCUGCCGUCAGCCACAGACUCUGACAUCCCCCCUGGCACAGAGGACUGUCCUUCCACCACUGCAGACAUUGACUCCGAUGAAGACUCCAUUGGUAUUUUUCAGUCGUCUCAAAAGAUUGGCCAGCUGUCCUCACUUGAUCCCCCCCCAGCCCCAGUGAAGGAUUUGCCCCCUCUCCCACCCCAGCCUGGAGCCUGCAUGGCGGACUCUGAAGCUGAUGGAUCAGUCAAGAGUUUGGCUGCUCCCAAGACUAAAAUGCAAAAGAUACCAGCUGGAAGUACCACGACCCACAUCGCAAAGACAAACAAGGCUGGCAGUACCACGGGGACGCUGAAGAUGGCAUCCAGCCUCGAAGCCAAACCGUCCUCCCGAAAUUCACUUGGAGGAUCCAGACUUGGAAGUUCAAAACCAUCGUCCUCAGUGUCUAGAACCAGCAGUUCUGUGAGUUCUGGGGGGUUGGCAGCCUACGUGGACCUGGCGUACUUGCCCUCCGGACCGGCCUCUUCCACCAUUGACCUGGAGUUUUUUAAACGCAUUCGCUCAUCAUAUUACAUCAUUAGUGGGGAGGAGCCAGUGAAGGUGGCGUCACUCAGAACCAUUCUGGAUGCUCUUCUGGAUGGAAAGGGCAGCUGGCCCGAGGACCAGGUGACCCUCAUCCCUACAUUUGAUUCCUUGGCCAUGCAUGAGUGGUAUCAAGAGACCCACGACAGGCAGAGGGCGCUGUCCAUCACUGUCUUGGGUAGCAACAGCACCGUGGCUAUGCAAGAAGAAACCUUUCCUGCGUGCAAGGUUGAGUUUUAAACCCUGUGGAAAAGGUUCCAGUUCAAACUCUAUCCAACAGUGUGUGUACAGUCCCCACCCACUGGGAUGAGAUCUCAACCCUGCCUUAAUGUUGAGGUCUGAGUCCUGCCCACUGAGGGGCGUUCUUAGCCCUGCCUUAAGGUUGUUUUCCAAGUCCUACUGACUGUGCAGCUUUAUGGGCUGGAGGACUGGACCUUCAAACCAGUCUUCCAGACUUCUCCAGGUGACACAACACAAAGAAACAUGUGUUUACACUUUUGUCUGUUUUUAAUGUUGUAGCAAACUUCAAAGUGAGGACCGGGUAACUGUGGUUUCCAAAAGGACACACCCCCUAGACGUCUAUAAUCCUAGUUGAUCAGAUGAUUGAUCAGUGAUUAUUUCUAUAAAUGUUUUCAUUUGAAAAAUGAAAAAAGGUUUAAAACAUUUCAGUUUAAUUUAUUUAUUUAUUUUAUCUUUUUAUGGUCAAACAUCCAGAGACUAAAGGUUGGUACGAUGUCAUUGAUCAUUGAUCAUUGAUAAGUCCAUUGCUGAUUGAUCAAACUAAACAAACUCCUUAUUGGAUAAAUGAAUGGUGUUGCAGUGAUCUAUAAUCAGAUUAACAUAAUCUGACUACAGUAAAUCAGAUGACUGUAAUCAGAUUAUCAUCAGAUUAAAGGUGACAAUCAGUCUUUAUCUGUGUGAAGAGUGAAGCUACAGUCAGACUGAUGUUCCACGUAGAUUGAUUUAUUAAACUGAGAUCAGAUUACAGUCGGACAGUUGCCAGAUUACAGAUAGGGUUAAAAGACAAAUGUUUUGUUGUGUUCAGAAUAUAAACAGAGUUGAUUUUGACUGUAGUGAGAUUAAAGUCAGACCAUGAACAUAAUCCAGUAAGAUUGUAAUCAGAAUACAGACUGGGAUUGGUCACAUAUCUGUAAUCUCCCCAUUGUUUAACACCAGAUUAUCAUAAUCUGACGAAGGACUGUAAUCUUUUAAUCUGAGAUAAAUUCAAUGGUUUUAAUGAAGUUUUACCACAUUUAUAUCAUAUAUACCUUGUUGUUAUUAUUUUAUGAUUAUUUUUAAUUGAUUUUUAUCUUCUGUGAAUCCUUUUAUUAUAUUCAUGAAGAAGAAAUAAUGCCGGAAUCUUCUACUCCUGUUCUUUCAUGUUAGUUUUCCAUGUCAGGUAGAAAAGUCACUCAAACACUACUUAAAAUCCUUUUCAAAAUAAAAGUUUCCCUUCUCUCCA